GAUUGUUUUUACCGACAGACUCUGACCUUACUUACAAUUUCCUUCCUUUUCCUAUUCUAAAUAAGUUAAUAAUUAAUAAAAAUAAGAAGUUAUUCAUUCUAUCUGUUGCAAAUGAUAAUUAUUUUAUUCUUAAAAUUUCGUAUUUAUUCAAGUUGUUCUUUAAAUUACGAAACUUGACGAAUAAUGUGAAUGUAAAAUCACUUUAAAGAAUAAGGUUAUGUUUAUUUUUGCGGUAAAUAAAUUUUUGGAAUGGGCCUAAAUUUUAAUGAAUUAAAAGUGUAAAAUAAAAUGAUCAGUGAUAUUGAAAUAAGAUUUUUUUAGUGUGUAAAUAUAAGAGAUUUUAUUUCCUUUUUUUGUUAUCGUCUCGUACGAACUUAACAUUUAAGUUAAAAAAUGGCAAGAGUCGUGAAUUUUUUUAAAACAGUGAGAAAUAAUUGGAAAAAGUCAUUUGUGGGAGCAGCAGCAAUUUCCUAUGGUGUUAAUUAUGGAAUAGAUUCAUACGAUACCCAGAAUAUGAUGAGAGAAUUUUGCGAGGAAGCCGUAAAAUAUGGGGACGUACCAAUAGCGCCAAAAGUUCAACCAACACACAUGACGGUUAUUUUAAAUCCUGUUGCAAAAAAGAGGAAGGCAAAAAAGUUAUUCGAAAAAUAUUGCGAACCCUUGUUGCAUUUGGCUGGAAUUGCCGUAACGGUCAUUCAAACGGAAUCGGAAAAUCAAGCGAGAACACUUGUGGCGAAUUUAAAUACACGAACUGAUGGUAUUAUUGUUGCCGGUGGAGAUGGAACUUUAUCGGAUGUUGUCACCGGAUUAAUGAGAAAAUAUCAGGGAAAUGCCGGUUAUGUUAAACAAUGUCCAGUUGCAAUUUUACCACUAGGCAUGACAAAUAGAGUCGCUGAUUCGUUAUUAAAUCGAGAUGACGAGUAUUCGGAAGCUCGUGCCUUGGCUGAAGCAACAAUGGCAAUUGUCAGGGGAAAUACAAAGUUAUUGGACGUUGUUGAGGUCACUACUUUAGAGAAUGAUCCCGAAAAUCCGAUGAAACCAGUUUAUGCAGUCGGUGCCAUUGAAUGGGGAGCCUGGAAAGAUGCAAACUCUAGAGUUGACAAAUAUUGGUAUUUCGGUCCUUUACGAAAAUACGUUACUUAUAUUUUUAACGGACACAAAGAGGAUCUAAAUUGGAAAUGCGUCGCUACCAUUCGAUAUUCAGAUCCUUGCGAAGGUUGUUCGCGUUGCUAUCAAGAACAAAAUUCCCCUAUCGAGACAUCCUCAAAAAGAUGGUGGCACGCUUUUGUCCCUCGACAAAAAACCUCCCAUUCUGAACACAGUCACAUCGAUUACAGUAAAGUCGACAACGAAAAUUGUGGUAUCUUCAAAGAAGUUCCAAUUUCAACCACAGACUUUUUUUUAUCAACAAAGAAUGUUCGUCGAAAAAAUGAAGACACUGGAGUUAAAGUGGAACUCGGUCCAAAAUCAGUGAAUUACACGGAUUUUGUUUCCGAAGGUUGGAGGCGAAUUAGCGGCAAAAAACAAGAACCACAAAAAAUUCUCAACGCCAAAGACAUUGAAAUUCAUCCAGAGAAGGAUGAAUCCUUCGAGGACAAGAGUCGAAUGUUCUACAUCGAUAAUGAAGAAUUUGAAUUAAAGGCUGUUAAAAUUCGACUAUUAUCACGUUCUGUUAAAAUGUUUUGUCCGCAAAAUGGAAGUUGAUAAAUAAAUUUAAUUUCAAGUAA